CCGGGAUGCUGCACCGGUGCCCACCGGGACAUCCCCGACCGAGGGGUUCUCCCGGCCCGGGUGGUCCCUGGGCAGCCCCAGGGGCUCAUUUUGCUCCUCCCAACCCAAACCGGUUCCUCGGCAGGGCGGGCCGGGGGAGCUGCCGGGUUUUUUUCCUCUCUCCUCCUUUUCCCCUUUCUCCUCCUUUUUUCCUUGCCCAGCCCGGGCCGGUCGCUGUCUCCCGGCCGGGUGUGGCCGGGAGCAGCUAUAAAUGCCAGCCCCGAGGCUGGCUCCUCUUCCGCCCUGCCCGCGCUGCCGUGGCCCGCCUGAGCUCUCGGCUUGCCGCUGUCCCCAUGGCGUGUCCCCUGGAGCAGGCGCUGGCCGUGGUGGUCGCCACCUUCCACAAAUACUCGGGCAACGAGGGCGACAAGUACAAGCUCAACAAGGCGGAGCUCAAGGAGCUGCUCACCAAGGAGCUGCCGAGCUUCAGCAAGCAAACCAGCGAGGAGAGUUUACAGAAGCUGAUGAGCAGCCUGGACUGCAACAGCGACAGCGAGGUGGACUUCCAGGAGUACGUGACCUUCCUGGCCUGCAUGGCCAUGAUGUGCAACGACUUCUUCCAGGACCUGCCCGACAAGAUGCCGCGCAGGAAGUGAGGGCAGGGCCCGGCACCGCCCCGGGACCCUCCCGCUGUCCUCCCGAUGCCAUUUCAAUAAAUCUCCUUGGAAAUGAA